AUGAACUCUCCAAGCUCUUUAUCUUCAGAUAGUAGUGACUGGGAUAACAAUUGGGAUAUCCAGUAUAAUAUCCCUAUUUAUUGUGAGCAUAGAAUCCAAGGAGAUUUAAUAACUUCUUGCCACUGGUUAUCGUCUCAUAAUGAUAGAGAGUCUCUAGAUCCAAAUUAUUCCUCAAAAAACUAUGAAGAAUUUAAAUUACCUGAAUUCAUUAAUCCUAUUAAAACAGUUCCUGGGCAAUAUAUAGAGAAUGAUUACCAAGUUAAAUAUGAAGAUAGCGUAAAUUCAGUUACUGACAACUCAGGGGAAACAACUUUUGCUAGUAUAUCCAUCCCAUCCUGUGCUACUCAUAAAUUGCAGUAUUGUGCAAGGUUAUUCAUGGAAUAUAUGGAAGAAGACAUAUCAAAACUCAUGUGGUCUGUUGAACAGCAGUUUCAGGAAUGUGUUAUGACAAAAGACUCAAAAAGACAAAGAAACCAUGGAUUCAGCUUGGAAGAAAUAGCUGAAAUAAAUUCAGUUGAACAGAAGAAGUACAAACUUCACAUUAUUAUAGGGAUUUUACAGCAUAUUGCACUCAUGACAGAGAAAAUAGCUAUGGUUGAACUCUCAAAUGCUAAAGAUGAGCUAGAAAAAGUGCGUUUUUUACGUUCCAAUAUUAGUGAAGCUUUUUUGAAACUUCAAAAUGAAAAUUCUGUUGAAGAAUCUAUUGUUUCUGAUUAUUUAAAGUGGUAUGAUUUUCCAAGAAGUAAUAUUGAGAUAGGUAAAAUCAGGAAAAGCAAGCGAAUUCAAGCGAAAGUUCUUGAGGAAGAAGCAAAUGCCUGUGAUUCUACUCCAAAAAGUGAAUUACUUCAUAUACACUCAAUACAAGAUGAAACGAAUCAAUAUUGUUUCUGCAAACUCAGUGUACUAGAUAAUAUGAUUAGAUGUGAGUCAGGGUCUAAUUGUAUAUUUGGUGUUUGGUUCCAUUUCAUGUGUGUCAAAAUAUUUAGUGAGCCGCAAAGUGCGUGGUUUUGUCCUGGGUGUAUAAAAGAUGAGAAUUAUCGUCCUUUAUGGGAACCUAUAUUAAGGAAAGUUCCCAAUCUCAAUACCUGUGUUUCAAAAGGUAGUAGUGAAUCAAUAAAAUUAGAAGAGAUUCAGAUACCAAAUAUUCAUAAAAAGAAAUCUACUGAACGAAAAAGAAAUAGAAGUUUGGAUGGUUGUACUAGGAAGAAAAGUUCUAAAAUUAUUAAUAAUUUGAGAUAUAAGACAACCAAAUUUGAAAGUCAAAGGGAAUAUUCUGGUUUAUCUGUUGAUAAGCUUGAUAGAAAGAAUCAAUCAUCAUUGCAAGAGUUUGUAUUAAAUGUUACUCGCCAAGGUCCUGACUCUUUACAAGCAAUAUUGAAAUGA